AUGUAUUAAUUUAGAUCAUCAUUAUAUUAUGAACCAAGUGAUAAUGGCAGUGUUAGAUCUGUUCAAGUAGGAAAUUAAAAAUAAGAUUAACUUAAAUAUCUCACUGAUUAAUUAUAAGCUGUUAUAACGUUUAAUGAAAAAUUAGAAAAAGACUUUAACUAAUUAAAAUCAUAAAAUCACUAAUUAAAAUAAAUUUCAAUUGAAAGAGAAAAAUAAUAAAAAGAAAUAUAUCAAUCUAAUUAGAAAUCCAUAAAUAAAUUACAGUAAAUACUUUGUUUAAUAUUUAGUGUAUUACUUUCUGAAAAUAAAAAAUUAUAAGAAAUAGUAGUUUCAACAAAUAAGCAUUUAAAGUUAGCUAAUACCAGAGUCUAAUAAUUUCAAAAUGAAAAUAUCAUUUUAAAAUAAUCUAUACAAUAAUUGGAAGACUAUCAUUUAGAAGAAAUGAAAAAAAGAGCAACUGAAUUAGAAGAUCAUUAUUCUUUAAUGUAAAAUAUUGUUACAGAGUUAACAAACCAAGUUUCAUAAUUAUGUGUAGAAAAAUAAUAAUUAUAAAAAGAAUUAGAUUAAUUUAGUACAUCUUAAUAGCACUGA